AUGGAUGAGCAGCAGCCAAGACGCAUAUUGAGCUGGCUAGAAGAAGAUGCCGAUGACAUCCUCGGUGGUGAUGAUGAAAGAAAUAAAACCGGAAUGUUGCCUGAUAAAGAGAGUGAGCGUGAUAUUCAUUUGGAACAAGAAUGUGACGAUGAUUUGCAUCAGGUAUUUUUGAAUUAUGACGAAUCUUUGGAAAUAUCGAACGGAGAGCACUUGGGUUUGGGAUUGGUGAACGAAUCCGUGGAAGCUCUCGAAUCUGCGUUCAGUGAUGAGGAUGAAGAACCAUUGAUAAAAAUUUCAUCUAAUAACUUUUAUAUAGUAAAAAAAGGGAGAGAAACUACAGUCGAGGGCAACUGUCUCAACGAUUUGAGAUAG